GCAUUUGCAUGUGAAUUUUAACUGACACUCUCUCAGUCUCCCAUCCCUUCCCCUUCCCAAAAUCCUUCUCUCACUCCUUCCUCUCUCUCUCUCUCUCUCUCUCUCUCUCUCUCUCUCUCUUCUCCCGUGAUACCUCAAGUGCGGCAAAUGCAACCAAAAGCCCCACCACGUCCGUGAAACCUCUGUGCUCAUAUAAAACCAAACCAAAACCUCACUAUCGUCGCAAACAAAUCCAAACCAUGAUGGCUCUUCUUCACCUUAUCAUCAAGUCCGUACUCGUCCUAAUUCUUCUGAAACUUCCUCUGCACCAUUCAAGUUACCUAGAGUACGCAGAAGCAUUAGCGAAAUCCAUUCAGUUUUUCGAGGGCCAGAGGUCCGGUUUCUUACCGAAUGACCAGAGGACGAACUGGCGGGCGAAUUCGGGCCUCGGCGACGGGUCGGAGGUGAACUUGGACUUGACGGGCGGGUACUACGACGCCGGCGACAACGUCAAGUUCGGGUUUCCGAUGGCGUUCACGACGACAAUGCUGGCGUGGAGUGUGAUCGAGUUCGGUGAUUCAAUGCCGGCAGGGGAGAUGAGGAACGCGCUGGUGGCGGUUCGGUGGGCCACGGAUUAUCUUCUCAAGACGGUUUCUCAGCUUCCCGACCGGAUUUUUGUGCAGGUUGGGGACCCACACUCGGACCAUAAUUGCUGGGAAAGACCUGAAGAUAUGGACACAGCAAGAACUGUCUACACCGUGAAUGCCCCAAACCCCGCCUCGGAUGUGGCCGGAGAAACUGCAGCAGCUUUGGCAGCUUCGUCCAUGGCCUUUCGUUCGUCGGAUCCCGGUUACUCACAAACACUACUGAGAACUGCCGUUAAAGCAUUCGAAUUCGCAGACAGCAACAGAGGGGCUUACAGCGACAAUUCGGAUAUUAGAGAAGGCGCUUGCCCAUAUUAUUGUGAUUUUGAUGGAUAUCAGGACGAGUUGCUAUGGGGUGCUGCGUGGCUGAGGAGGGCGACUCAGGAUGAUUCUUACCUCAAUUACAUCCAAAACAAUGGCAAAACACUUGGUGCAGAUGACAAUAUCAAUGAAUUCGGGUGGGAUAAUAAACAUGCUGGCCUCAAUGUGCUUGUUUCAAAGGAAGUCCUUGAAAGCAAAACAUACUCUCUCCAGUCAUACAAAUCCUCGGCGGAUAGCUUCAUGUGCACACUCGUACCCGAAUCCGACUCCUCCCACAUCGAAUACACACCCGGUGGUCUCAUCUACAGACCCGGGGGCAGCAAUCUCCAACACGCGACCACAAUCUCAUUCCUCCUACUCGCCUACGCAAAUUAUCUUGACCGUUCAUCACAACUCCUGAACUGUGGCGGCGUCACUGUGGGCCCAUCCCGGCUCCACCGAUUGGCCAAAAGGCAGGUCGACUACAUUUUAGGUGAAAAUCCCAAGGGAAUUUCCUACAUGGUUGGAUACAGCAAUUAUUACCCACAACGCAUCCACCACCGCGGGUCAUCGAUACCGUCCAUUAAGGAUCAUCCGCAGUUCAUUGCGUGUAAGGAGGGUUCCAUUUAUUUUAACUCCUCGGAUCCUAACCCGAACGUUUUGGUCGGGGCAGUCGUGGGCGGGCCGGGGGAGGAUGAUGCUUAUGGUGAUGAUAGGGAUGAUUUUCGCAAGUCCGAGCCCACGACUUAUAUCAAUGCACCUAUUGUUGGUGUCCUUGCUUAUUUUGCUGCAAAUCCUAACCCUAGUUAGGACUUUUGCAUUUAUAUUUGAGUUGUACAUAAUUCUUCAUUUGAAAGAUUGGUGAAGGGUUUAAAAAGGGUCUCUCAUCUUGUACUAAAGAAGUCAAGAGGGAAGAGGCUAAAUAUAUUGUAGUCGCAAUGGCUAGUUGUGACCUUAUAGAAAGUUAAAGGUGAAAGAGGUGAAAUGGAGAGGGAACGGAUCCUUUUCUUUUUUCAAACAAGUGUAGUCCUCGAUUUUCAAUUUAAUUUGAGAAAAGUUAUGAAAUUCCUAAUCUUCUAGUA